AUGUCUGAAUUCCUUGAUAACCAAGCUGAGGAGUCGGAAAAUUCGGGUAAUAACACACCUGAAGAUUCUACAGAUGAAGAUUUAGGGCCGAAAACAAAACGCCCGAAAAGGAUUAAAAAGACAAAGCCAAAAAAGAAAAAACGCAUCAACAGUGACGACGAUGACGAUGAAGACGAUUUAGAAGAUGAUGAGGCAAGGAUUCAGAAAGAAAUGGCGGGUUUUGUUGUCGAUGAGGAUGAGGCGGAAGAGGAAUCUGAUAACGAGGAUGAUAAAAGUGACAAUAAUGAACUGGAACUAGAUGACGAAGAUUUAGAUUUGCUUAAUGACAAUCUAGACAUACAGCAGCGUCACGUUGGAGGACGAGUGCUGAUUGAAAGUGAUGAGGAAGAAGAUGAUCGCGAACGCAUCAAGAAUGAUCUCUUUUCUGGGGAAGAUUUGAAUGGUGAGAAAGAUGAACGCGAGAAAGACUCGUUACCUGAUCAUGACAGAGAUCGUUAUGAUGAAGAUGAGUCUGGCAGCGAGAGCCGAUCAGACGAUUUUAUUGUGACUGAUGAGGGCCGUCAUGCACGACAGCGCCAGCGCCGAUAUCAUAUGGCGGACGUUCCCGAACAAGCCAUGGAAGAUGCAAGAGAAAUUUUUGGAGUAGAUGAUUUCAAUUUUGAUGAGUUUUUCGAUGAGGACUUGGAGGCUGGGGAAGAGGAAGAAGAGUAUCCGGAUGAAGAAGAAGGGGAAAGGGGUUUGUCUCGAGUGCGUCAAAGUCGUUUGAAAGAGAAAAAUGCGACACUUUUGGACACGAUUGAGCCAGCAGAACUGGAAGAAAAAAUGCUUUCACCAACAGAUAAGCGCAUACAACUGGAAGAUCGUCCUGAACGCUUCCAGCUUCGUCGGAUACCGGUUAGUGAAGCUGACGAAAGUGAGCUUGAAUUGGAAUCGAAGUGGAUAUUUCAGUAUGCAUUUGGGAACGCUACUUUAUCUUCACAGGAGGAAUCCUGUUUAACCAUACUAGCUAGCCCAGAGCUAAAUGAGGAGGGUAGGAGGCGCAUACUUAAUGAAGCUCCGGAGAAAAUCCGUGAAGCGUUGAGGUUUAUACGUAAUCAACUGUUUGAGGUUCCUUUCAUUGCUUUUUACCGAAAAGAAUAUGUUGAGUCAUGUCUGGCUAUUAAUGAUUUAUGGAAAGUUUACCAGUGGGACGAAAAGUGGUGCCAUCUCGAACAGCGGAAGAAAAGAUUGCUGGAACUGAUGAAACGUAUGCUGAAUUAUCAGAUGGAAAAUGACAAUGCUUCAGAUUUACGAGUUGUUACGGAGCAGGAUAUGAAUGAGGUACAUGGGGUUCAAACAGUGGAGGGCCUUAUGGACGUCUCGGCGAAAUUUCAGUUGUACUAUGGGGCGGAAGUUCCAAAAAUGAUUGAUUGGGAGAAAAUACAGAAUUUGAGCGAAGAUGAUCCUGAAAGAGAGGCCGUUGAAACUCGGUUUAGAGCAGCAACGCGUACUGAUAAAUAUAUGUUAUGUAUCCAAAACAAAAUCGAUGAAAUGGCUGUUCGUUUUGGACUCACGCCUUUGCAGUUCGCUGAAAACUUGGAGUGGAAAAGACAUGAAAUUGUUCAAGAUGAUGAUGAGCCUUUAAAAGCUGCAGAACAGUAUGUUUGCGAAAGCUUUCCUUCACCUCAAGCUGUCGUUGAUGGAGCUGUUUAUGUUGUUGCUAAACAGCUAAGCCGUGAGCCCAAAGUUAGGGAGUUCUUGAGAACGAAGUACCGUGAAAAUCUGAAAAUUAGUAUUUGGCCCACUAAGAAAGGUCGAGAAGAAAUUGAUGAAAGUCAUCGGUUGUUUUUCAAACGAUAUAUAAAAAAUAAGCCGGUUCGUGAAGUUCGCCAUGACGAAUAUUUGUGGUAUGUACAGGCAAAAAAUUCUGGAUUAUUAAAUAUUAAAUUAUUUUGCGAUACUGAAGAUGACAUCAGAAUAGGAGAGACAUUACUUAGCCAGAUUACGGCAAACGAACCUUUCUACAAAAAUGAGUUCUCAAAUCUUGUACGGCUCUGGAACGACAUUAGGACUGAAGCGGUAAAAAUGUGUGUCAAUCAAUUUUUAUUACCUGGUCUGGAAAUGGAGGCUCAUGAGAGGCUUAUGGAAGAAGCUAGGGAAUAUGUCAUUAAGCAGUGUACCCAAAACUUGUACGAGAGAAUUAAAACCGCAACGUAUCGUGCGUUUGGUGAUGAUGAAGGCGAUUUACACGAUGAUGAUUUGGGUGAUGGAGCAAGAAUUAUGAGCAUCUGUUAUCCGGAAGACAGGGAUCAGGCAUCAUUCUGUGUUAUCAUUGACCAGGAUGGGCAAGCUAUUGAUCAUUUGCGUUUAACGCACUUGAAAAAAAGUCUUCGUUCAAAGCGGUUAAAUGAAGCGGAUCUCAAACAACAAGACUUAAAUUAUCUGCGCAAAUUUGUUGAUAAAAGGCGUCCUCACGUUAUUGCUAUCUGUGGUGAAAGUCUUGAAGCACGGUAUCUGAAAGAGGAUGUUGAGUUAACUUUGCGAGACAUACAAGAUCUUAAUCGAGAUAUACCUGUGGAAAUAGUGGAUAAUGAAGCAGCAAAAGUUUAUAUGUACAGUAAACAAGCUAUGGCAGAAUUCCCUGACUAUCCUCCGUUAUUGAGACAAGCAGUCUCUUUGGCUCGGCUUUUGUUGGAUCCUCUUGUAGAAUACUGCCACUUUUGUAAUACUGAACGAGAUAUAUUGUGCAUCUCAUAUCACCCGCUACAAGCAGAAAUUAAUAAAGAUGAUCUUAUGUUUUCACUUUCGUUGGAGUUUAUUAAUCGGGUUAAUGAGGUUGGCGUCGACGUGAAUAGAUGUUUGGAAUGCCCGUACACUGCUAAUAUGCUGCAGUUUGUGUGCGGCUUAGGAGUUAGGAAGUCUGCACAGCUGUUGAAAGUUUUGAAGCAGAACAACAACUUGUUGGAAAGUCGUACAAAAUUAGUUACUUUAUGCCGUAUGGGACCAAAAGUUUUAAAAGCGUCUUACUCACUUGAAAUUAUGGUUUUUAUGAACUGUGCGGGGUUUAUCAAGAUUGAUACGGCUAAGGUUUCAGAUAAAACCGAUGCUUAUGUUGAGGUGCUGGACGGGUCUCGUGUCCAUCCAGAAACUUAUGAGUGGGCUCGGAAAAUGGCUGUCGAUGCUCUCGAAAUAGAUGAUACUGCAGAGCCAACUAGCGCUCUAGAAGAAAUAUUACAAAAUCCUGACAAGUUGAAGGAUCUUGAUCUAGAUGCAUUCGCCGAAGAACUUGCCAGACAAGGAUUUGGAAAUAAAAGUAUUACUUUGUAUGAUAUUAGGGCUGAGCUUAAUCAUCGUUAUAAGGAUCUUAGAAUCCCAUAUGAAAGCCCUUCACCAAAUCAGCUGUUCAUGAUGCUCACUAAAGAGAACUCUGAAUGCAUUGGGAAACUAAAGUUGGGACGUGUAACUAACAUCGUUUAUCGGAAACCCCGAAAUAAUGAAGACCGAGACAAAGCGUUGCCCUUGCGAGAUGAGCGGACAGGACAGUGGAAAUGUCAAUAUUGCUACAAACCUGACUUCAGGGAUACGCACGAGGUCUGGAAACAUUUUGAUUCUUGUCCAGGUCAGCCAGUUGGAGUCAAAGUUCGUUUCGAUAAUGGAAUUACAGGUUUUAUUCCUAACAAAUACCUCUCUGAUCGUCCAGAAUCUUUUAUGAAUCCUGCUGAAAGAGUGCAGAUAAACCAGCCAGUUUACUGCCGUAUUUUGGAUGUCGAUCCGGAGAAGUUUUCAUGUACAUGUUCUUGUCGAUCCUCUGAUUUAAGGAAUUUACAGCAGCAGAAUGUGACAUAUGAUGAGUAUUUCGAUCGUUUACGUUGUCAGGAGGAAGAGGAAAAGGACAAAAAACUUAGAGAGCAGAGGAAAUUUGCAACAACAAAUUUUGUCAAAAGAGUCAUUUCACAUCCAGCUUUUCAUAAUGUCAAGUACAAGGACGCGGAACACAUGCUUGAAAAGUUUGAGCAGGGUGAGGCGAUCAUUCGUCCAAGUUCAAAGUCCGCUACUCAUUUAACGGUAACUUGGAAGGUUGCUGAUGGCGUAUAUCAACAUAUUGACGUCAAAGAGGAAGGAAAACAACAUUCAUUUGAUUUGGGGAAAACUUUGAUUAUCAAUGGCGAAGAAUUUGAAGACUUAGACGAAAUUCUUGCGAGGCACAUUCAGCCGAUGGCAUCAUUGGCACGUGAGGUUUUUGCACACAAAUAUUUCCUUGAAGGUGUAAAAGCGGAGGAUAGGCAAAGUAUUGAAACUUAUUUAGUCGAUGAAAAGAAACGUACUCCUUCAAGGAUACCUUAUACACUGACGUCGUCGCACGCAUAUCCGGGAAAGUUUGUCCUUUCUUACAUGCCAGUGAGUAAAGUUAGGCAUGAGUAUAUGACUAUUACCCCAGACGGCUUUCGGUUUAGGCAACAAAUGUUUCCCAAUUUGAAUAAUCUUCUUGCCUGGUUCAAAGUUCAUUACAGAGAGCCACCUCCCGGUGGUAAGUUUUUUUGA